UCUUCAGGAUCCAACGAGAACAUUAAUCUACCUCCUAAAUACAGAUAUCAUUACUUAGAUGACUACCUCACAUUUCAUUCUUUUAUAAUAAAAGAAAAACGCAUAAAAUUUGAAGUAAUGGGAUGUAACGACGCACAUUUAAUCCUCUCAGAAAGCAGAACUGAUUCUGUAAACGCCUAUGAAAUUGUAAUAGGGGGCUGGAAAAACAACCAAUCCGUCAUACGUAUAGACAAACAAGGACAAGCAAUGGCCAACGCUUCCCACAGUCCACUAUCUUGCAAUACAUUCAAACCGUUCUGGGUGAGUUGGGAAAACGGAACAAUUGAGACUGGAGAGGGUAAAGAAAUCGGUAAUGGCAAAUUUAUGAAGUGGACAGACCCAAAGCCACACACUGUUAACUUCAUAGGAAUUUCUUCUUGGCACACUGCAGAAGCGCAUUGGAAAUUCAACAAAGAUCCAUAUAACGCCACAUUUUGGCUCGGUGGUACAGAUUUAGAACACAGCAGGCAUUAUACAAAUUGGCUCGCAGAUGAACCUAAGUACCCCAUCUCUGAUGGACAUUGUAUUCACCUGUCACUCGAUAGAGACUUCCGAUGGGCUACAGACAACUGCACGCUGAAAAGAAAUUUUAUUUGCGAAUUCGAUACAAGUUUGGUUUCGACAAACGCAGAUUCUGGUUAA